AUGGAAGUGUCGAGCCUACCAAUUUCAGCUUCGCAGAGAGGAAAGCUGAUCUCAUCGGGCUAUACUUCUCUCUCUUCACUCUCCUCCGUCUCUCCUUCUCAACUCGCUCAAGAUUUGAAAAUUUCGGAAAAUGAGGCGCUUGAAAUUCUGAAAGUAGCGUCUCGGAGGAGUGAAUUAGACAUAACUGAUAAUGGAGCUUGUGCUAUUGUUAAUGGAGCACAGACGGCCUGGGAUAUGCUACAGGAGGAGGAAUCUUCUGUGCGUAUUACAACAUCCUGCUCAGAUCUGGAUGACAUCCUAGGUGGAGGAAUUAAUUGUAAAGAAGUUACUGAAGUUGGUGGAGUGCCAGGCAUUGGUAAAACACAACUGGGGAUUCAACUGGCAAUAAAUGUUCAAAUUCCAGCUGAUUAUGGUGGCCUUGAAGGAAAGGCAGUUUAUAUAGAUACGGAAGGCAGUUUUAUGGUCGAACGUGCUUUUCAAAUUGCUGAGGCAUGCAUAGAGGACAUGCAAGAAUAUAAUAGCUUCCUACGGAAGGACUCGAAGGACUCUCAAGCCUGUCAAAUUAGGAAGGACCCUAAGGAUUUUCUUGACAAUAUAUUCUAUUUUCGUAUUUGCAGUUACACAGAGCAAAUUGCUGUUAUAAAUUAUUUAGAGAAAUUCGUCUCAGAGCAUAAAGAUGUUAAGGCUGUUGUUAUCGACAGUAUUACUUUCCACUUCCGUCAAGAUUUUGAGGACAUGGCUCUUAGAACUAGACUACUCGGUGGAAUGGCCUUAAAACUAAUGAAACUUGCGAAGACGUUUAAUUUGGCAAUAAUUCUAUUGAAUCAAGUAACCACCAAGUAUUCAGAAGGUUCAUUUCAGUUAACUCUGGCUCUAGGCGAUAGUUGGUCACAUGCUUGUACCAAUCGGAUCAUUUUGUACUGGAACGGCAAUGAAAGAUGUGCACAUAUAGAUAAAUCACCCUCAAUGAGAUCAGCAUCAGCUCCUUAUGCUGUGACCGGAAGAGGGAUCCGAAACUGUGCUUCAAAUAGUAAACGAGUUAAAAUGAUGUAG